AUGGCUGUGACACUGUUAGAAGAUUGGUGCAAGGGGAUGGACCUGGACCCCAGGAAGGCCCUGCUGAUUGUGGGCAUCCCUGUGGACUGUAGUGAAGCAGAAAUUAAGAAAACUGUGAAGGCAGGUUUACACCCUCUGUGUGCUUACAGGGUGCGAGGCAGAAUGUUCAGGAAGGAAGACAAUGCUAAGGCAGUCUUCAUUGAACUGGCUGACACUGUCGAUUAUGCAAUGAUACCCAGUCAGAUAGCAGGAAAUGGGGGCACCUGGGAAGUGGUGGUAAAACCCCGUAACCCAGAUGAUGAGUUUAUCAAUAAGCUGACCUGUUUCCUGAAAGAUGAGGGCCGGAGAAUGGUUGAUGUAAUCAAAACUCUGGGGUAUAGCACCCUCCCCACGGAAGGCACGGAGCCAGAGAGCUUGGAUGAAGUCAAACCACUAGCUUUUCCACCUCUGUGUGAAAGCAUGUGGUACCGAAAACUGAAAGUGUUUUCGGGAAGUCCUAGCCCAGGCCCAGGUGAAGAGACCUUUGAAGCCUGGGUGGAGCAGGUCACUGAAAUGAUGCAGAUGUGGCAGGUGUCAGAGGUAGAAAAGAGGCGGCGCCUUCUAGAGAGCUUACAUGGCCCGGCACUAGCAAUCAUGAGGGUGCUCCAGGCCAAUAAUGACUCCAUGACUGUGGAGCAGUGCCUGGAUGCCCUGAAACAGAUCUUUGGAACUAAAGAGGACUAUAAAACCUCUCAGUUCAAAUUUCUUCAGACUACUCAGAAGGCUGCAGAGAAGGCCUCUGCUUUCUUGCUGCGCGUAGAGCCCUUGCUACAGAAAGCCAUUCAGCAAAGCCCAUUGUCAGCACGAAGUGCAGACUUAAUUCGCCUUAAACAUAUCCUAGCUCGGGUCUCCAUGACCCCUGCCCUCCGGGGCAAGCUUCAGCUCUUAGAUCAGCAAGGGUAUGCACCCACUUUUCUGGAGUUAAUGAAGCUCAUUCGAGAUGAAGAGGAGUGGGAGACCACCAUGAUGGUGAUAAAGGAGAAACAAAAGCAAGUGGGAAAGGGUCAAAGGGGCUCUGGGCGACAGGCAGAAGAAAGCAAUCUCCUGGAAACUCAGGUUAUUGUGCAGGUGGGGUCUUUUAGUGAGAGCAGCACCCAGACCAUGCAGGAAGGGCUUCCCCCAUCACUGAAGCGCAGGCGAAUUCUGUGUAACUAUAACAUAAAGGGAGAAGAGCAUAGCCAGACAGUGUGUCCCAAGGCUGAAAACCAGCUGGCCGAGCAGAAAGCACAGGCUAAAGUGGAAGAUUUGGGAAACGAGUCGGGGGCUGGGGCCAUGAGCCAACCCAAGCCCUAG